ACAACGUAAACAGACUUGGCUUACUGGCUACACGUUUCCUGUGGUCGAUUUUGUGCUAUAAAAGCGCUUCCUACUCAGGGCAAAUAUGACAUUUUCUGCCGGUAGCAUUGCUGGACAUCAUAUGAUGCACGAAAUGGAUGUUGUUUCUAAAGUCGCUGGUAAAUUGCUGGAAAUACAACAAUCGCAAUAUUUUGAUCGAUCAGUUUUGCUGCGACGUCCUUUAAAGUUGUCACAGGCAUAUUGCUUACUCUGGCAAAAUCAGGAGACAGGGGAAGUGGCAGGACGUCAAAGCUCAUCUCGAAAACUUGGUGGAUGCUUUUUUGCAGUUUUAGUUGACCUUAUGGCCAUGGGAAAGAUUACACUUGUCAGUGAAGGAAGCAAAAGUUUGGCUGUACAGGUUGUAGAUACUGAGCCUACCAAAACAUAUUUGGAUAGCAUUGUGUUUGAAGAAAUGGUCAAGUACAACAAAAAGCAUCCUCACAAGAAGAAGGAAGUGUCCGAGUAUAUAUUGGAGGCAGUAAAAAGAGACAAUGCCAGCAGAAACUGUGCAACUUGGACUCUUGAUAGCUUAGUUAACAUGGAAAUCCUUAGCCGAGAGGAGAAAAUGCUUGGGUUAAGAAAGAUAUAUACAACAUUAAAGUUUACGCCAGAGGACAAGUUAAAAGAGGAAAUGACAGAGAUCUUGAUAAACUUUGCUGCUCCUGACUCGUACAUGCGUUGUUUGUUGACCAUAAUGCGAACAUCCGAUAAACUUUACCAAACUUCUGAUCCAUUGUUGUCAAAAUUUUUCAACAAGAUAGACUAUGAAAAGAAAGUAAAAGAAAGAGUUGAUGUUAUCUCAAACUCUUGGGUUUUCUAAGUGUAGACAUGAACAAACUAUUUCUUUCUCCGUACUUUGCGUGCCAAUCCAUUUAACCAUAUAGCAUAAAAACAAAUUAAAAUGCGUCUUCUUUCUGUUCUAUUCAUUUAAAUAUCUUCUUCGUUGCAAAAAAAUUAUACACAAGUCUCUAUAGCAACUUUUGUAAAGUAAAUUUGUAUUAAAAUUAAAUGUUAAGUUCAUGCAAUAUACUUCUAUGUAUUACGCAUCUAUUUAAAUGAAAACCUGGAUAAUGAUUAAGCCGCCUCGCGUACCAAUAUUUAUAUCUAAAUAUCAAAUAAAAAUGUACAAUAAAAAAGCCAAAAUUGCAGUUGUAAAA